AAAUAAAUGUCAUUAUAAAAAUAAUUUGAAAAAAGCUAUUUACUCAUUAAUAAUCAGUAUAUAUAUUAAAGUUUUGAAAAUUGUUAGUAUAGUUAGAUUUGUUUGGAUUGUACAAAAUGUCUUCACCAUUUGAACUAUGUUUUGUGGCACUAAUAGUAACAGUAUUUACCAAUGAAGUAGUCAAUGGUCAACAAGAUUUAAUAAGAGGUAAACCCAUAUCAAAUGUCGCGUGCGAUCGUAUUGCCUCUCAGGGUGUACUCAAUUGUAUGCAAACCUAUUUUCCGGGCAGUAUUUUGUCGGCAUUUAAUCCCAAUGGAGGCUCAGGUAGAAAUAGUGAUGUAUGCUGUCGGUACAGUAAAUACAAUGCCUGUAUCGCUGGUCUGCAAACCGGUUUACGGUUAGCUAUGGAAAGGGAACGUUGUUCGCGAGCCUAUGCGGCAAAAAUUAUCCGAAGUACCGGUGAAUCAGCACUGGGUAUACCACUGAAGUCCUACUGCGGUACAGCAGCCGAUGGUAAAAGUCGGUGUCCGCCGUCCAGGACUACAUCCAAACCCAGAAAGCAGUCGUCGUCAUCUAAUCGUAAACCAACUAAGCGUAGGCCAACACAGGAUCAGCUCGACCCGUUGGGACUUGGAUCGGCAUCGGGAUCAGGAUUGGGAUCGGGAUUGGAUCGCAACAACAUAUUUAACAGAGGUACCGGUUCUCAUGGAGCUGAUAACCCGUUGACGGCUAUCGGUGACACAAUUAACCGAGGCAUCGAUACCAUUGGACAGGGAAUCUCAUCUAUUUUAAACACAGGUACCGCUGCUUUAGGUGGGGCUACUGGUGGUGUUGGUGGUGGUGGUGGAAGAAUCUUUGAAUCACCGUUAAGUCAUAUUGGCAGUGUAUUUCAAAAUGGCCGGGACACUUUACAACGCGGUACUUCCGGUCUACUAAAUGGUGGCAAACCUAACAAAAGGACAGAUAGUUCAGCACUGGGAGGUUUCGGUUCACCACUCGAUGGAUUUUUGAAUAAUGGUCGCGAUACUAUUGGUAACGGUGCAUCUGGUAUACUUGGUGGGGCAGAUAUUUUUGGUUAAAUAAAUAGAUAAAAUAAAUAUUAUCUUGAUGACUAUUUUAUUUAUAAGUGCACAAUUUUGUAAAUUUUAAUUUUUAAUUAAUGUUUAUUUAUAACUAAAAAACAUGGUGUCUUAAAAACAGUACUUCAAUAAUACUCAUAAUUUAAUACAAUAUAACUCAAUGGAUAAAUAAUAUUGUUUUUUAUUUUGUAUAAAUUAAUUUGAUUUAAAAAAAACUGCUACAA